AAUCAGGCAACAGACAGCAGCUCGCUGUCGUCCAUCUCCAGGCUAUUUGCUCCAGCUCUCCUUUACCCCUCUCAACCCAUGGGUUGAUAGCAUCAACGCUCAAAAUAUCAAGUCCAUCCAAUAACCUAUUUUGCGCCCGCUUCACUAUUUGGGGUAAGCUUACCUUUAUAUCCAUCCUGAGCCCUCAAACAACGAUGCCAUUUAAUCCCUUCGAAACCCCACCGGAAACGGCAGAAUGGAACCAAACCAUCACGCAUGACGACUACACCAAGAUGCUGAAUGGACAUAAACCGCGCGACAUGGACGACAAGCUUUGGAUCAAGGCAAAAGUACACGAAGCACAGAGUAACACUAUGUUUCAUCUCUACUAUGGUUGGAACCCUUGUGAACUCGUCCGGCUCGAAAUCGUCGCGGGCGACCCCAACAACACCGAGGCCAAGGAGUGGGCUACUAUUAUCAAAAUAUGGUGGAAAAAAGCAUCUUCAGAGGAAGAACACACGACUGAAGAAGAACCUACGACUGAAGAAGAGGAAGUUAAAAAGAGCAUUAUCGUUACAUGUAACAAUAUAUUGGGUUGCAAGAUAGAGUACCAAGACGAGGAAAAGGGCGAGACUGAGGAGAAUGAAGAUGACGACAAGAAGGAAAUGGGUAAGGGUUAGAACAAGAACUAGAGAGAUCAAUGAUCAGUGUAUAGGUUGUGUUGAGUUCUCUACAGGUGCGCGAGCGUGUUUUCCGCAAGAGCCUGUUCGGAGAGGCUUAGGUCUUUGCAAAGGGCAGUUU